AUGUCAUUUGUACAAGCAUUAAAACGUUUGAUUACAACAAAUGAUCCAUCAUCAACAAAUGGAUCAACAACUAAUGAAACUAAUCAAUCUAUACCUGAUAAUUCAUCACAUACUAAUCAUUCAUCAACAAAUUCGACUGGAUCACAACCAUCCGUAUCAACAUCGAAAUCAAACGAAAAUUUUAAACCACUCAGUCAAGGGUUACAAAAGAAAUAUGCUCGAGGUGUACAAUAUAACAUGAAAUUAGUCAUACGUGGUGAAUGUAAUACUGGUAAAUCAGUAUUAUGGUCUCGAUUACAAGGCUAUCCUUUUAUUGAAGAUUACAUUCCAUCAGAUGAAAUUCGUGUUGCAACAAUAAAUUGGUCAUCACGUGUAUGUGGUGAUGCAAUAAUUAAAGUUGAAGUAUGGGAUGUUGUUGAUAAAUCAAGAAAAAAACGAUGUCCUCCUAUUAAUAAAUCACUUAAAUUAUCAAAUACAAUUGAGAAUGCUGUUUGUGAAGUAUCUCUUGAUGCUGAAUUUCUUGAUGUUUAUAAAAGUUCAGCUGGAGUUUUAUUCAUAUUUGAUAUAACAAAACCAUGGACAUGGGAUUAUAUUGAAAGAGAAAUCGUUAAAGUUCCAGCACAUAUUCCAGUAUUAAUUAUUGGUAAUCAAUUAGAUAUGGGUCAUCAUCGAAAAGUACCAACUGAUAAAUGUCUUAGUUUUAUUGAACAUCUUAAUAGAGGUGCAAUGAGUUCGGUUGUUCGUUAUUGUGAAAGUUCUAUGCGUAAUGGAUUUGGUUUGCAAUAUAUUCAUCAAUUUUUAAAUAUUCCAUUUUUACAAUUACAACGUGAAUCGCUACUUCAACAAUUACAAAUAAAUGCACGUGAUAUGGAUGCAUCAUUAGAAGAAAUCGAUACUUAUGCUCGUGGUGAUGAGAAUAAUUAUGAAUUAUUUAUUGAAAUACUUGCAAAUAAACGUCGUACAAAACAAGAAUCACUUGCUUCGGAUGUUUUAGCUAAAGCAAAACCAUUAGAAGAAGCAAAACGUCUUCAUGAUGAAGCAGUUCAAGCAGCAGCAUUAGCCGAACAACAACAACAAGCUACAUCAACAUCAUUAAAUAAAAUUGUACAAGUUAUAAAAACAACAACUGAAACUUCAUCAACAACUAUUAAACCAACAAUGACAACAAAACAAAAACCACCUAUUGUUGCUGUUCAACCAAUUGUUCAACAAGUUGUACCGAAAUCAACUACGCAUGAUGAAUAUAAUGAUAACGUUGUUGAAAAACGUUUACCAUCAGAUGAUUAUACUGAAGCACGUUUAUCUAAUCCAUUAGUAGCAUCAACAGUUGAUGAUUUUGUACCUGAUGAUAAUGAUUAUGAAACAUUUCUUGUUGAUGAUAAUGUUUCACCACAACAACAUAUAACUAUUGAUCCAUUUCUUCGAUCAUCAGCAACAAAACUUUCUACAACUGAUGACGAAAAUGAAUUAUCAAUAAAUCCAAUGGUUAAAGGCUUUCGCGAACAAUUAGAUUCCGAUGAUGAACAACAUCAACAACAAGCAAUUGUUGAUAAUGAUCCGACCGAAUAUGAACCUCCAUCACCAAGUAUUGAAACUGUACCUGAAUCGUUAUCAACACCAUUACCGCCACCCAUCUAUCAUCAAAUAUCUUCAUAUGACCUUGAUUUUCUUGAUCAUCUAUCUUCAUCGAAAUCAACAAAACUGAAUAAUGAAAUACAGACACCUGAUUCACAAAGUAUUCAUAGUGAUUCAACUAUAACGAAACCAAAGAAAAAAAAGACAACAGUAAAAUCGAAAAAAGAAGAAACUAAUGUAACAGUUGAUACAACGAAAAUAAAAAAGAAAAAGAAAUCUUCAUCUUUAAAAACUGCUAAUACUAUUACGGAAUCACCAACGGCAAAUAAUGAUGAUGCUGAUGAUGAUCUUGAAUCAUUUCUAGCCGAUGGUUCAUCAACAGCUCGUAAAAAUGAUCACGAUUACGAACAUAUUUGA